AGCAGCCGCGGCCCGCGAGUAGGUGCACGGGAUGAUCUCACCGCGUGCUGCGCGCCAGGAGGAGGAGGAGGAGCAGGAGGAGCGGGAGCGAUCCCAACUUCCGGGUAGUGCAGCCGCACGCCGCGCCACGGGCGUCUUGCUUUCUGCUCCCCCUCCCCCGUGUCCCCCUCGCCUCUCCCUCCUUGCCUUUUAUCCCCAGCCCCACCCGCCAAAAUGAACAGCUCGGACGAGGAGAAGCAGCUGCAGCUCAUCACCAGCUUGAAGGAGCAAGCAAUAGGCGAAUAUGAAGACCUUCGAGCAGAGAACCAGAAAACAAAGGAGAAGUGUGACAAGAUUAGGCAAGAACGAGAUGAAGCUGUUAAAAAGCUGGAAGAGUUUCAGAAAAUUUCUCACAUGGUUAUAGAGGAAGUGAAUUUCAUGCAGAACCAUCUUGAGAUAGAGAAGACAUGUCGAGAGAGUGCUGAAGCCUUGGCAACGAAGCUAAACAAAGAGAAUAAAACACUGAAAAGGAUCAGCAUGUUAUACAUGGCCAAACUGGGACCAGAUGUAAUCACGGAGGAGAUAAACAUUGAUGAUGAUGACCCCGCCACUGACACGGAUGGCACAGUAGAGACCUGUGUGUCAGUCCAGUGUCAGAAGCAAAUCAAAGAACUCCGAGAUCAAAUUGUGUCUGUCCAAGAAGAAAAGAAGCUGUUAGCCAUUGAGCUGGAAAAUCUCAAGAGCAAACUCACAGAAGUGAUGGAGGAAGUAAAUAAAGUUAAGCAAGAAAAAGAUGUUUUAAAUUCAGAAGUCCUUGAGCAGAGGAAAGUCUUAGAAAAAUGCAACAGAGUGUCGGUGCUGGCAGCCGAAGAGUAUGAGGAGCUGCAGGUGAACCUGGAUCUGGAGAGAGACCUUCGCAAGAAGGCGGAGUCAUUUGCUCAGGAGAUGUUCAUUGAACAAAACAAGCUGAAGAGACAAAGCCACCUUCUGCUGCAGAGCGCCCUUCCUGACCAGCAGCUUUUGAAAGCAUUAGACGAGAACUCAAAACUCAUCCAGCAGCUUGAAGAAGAGAGGAUCCAGCAUCAGCGAAAGGUCAAAGAGUUAGAGGAGCAGCUGGAGAAUGAAGCACUACACAAAGAGAUCCAUAACCUCAGGCAGCAGCUGGAGCUUCUGGAAGAAGACAAGAGAGAACUAGAACAGAAAUAUCUGAGCUCGGAGGAGAAGGCCAGAAACCUGAAGCAUUCAGUGGAUGAACUCCAGAAGCGAGUGAACCAGUCGGAGAAUUCGGUGCCUCCCCCACCUCCGCCUCCUCCGCCUCUUCCCCCUCCACCGCCCAACCCAAUCCGAUCCCUCAUGUCUAUGAUCCGGAAACGAUCCCACUCCAGUGGCAAUGCUAAGAAAGAAAAGGCUACUCAACCAGAAACAGCUGAGGAAGUCACAGACUUGAAGAGACAAGCAGUGGAGGAGAUGAUGGACAGAAUUAAAAAGGGCGUUCAUCUUAGACCAGUUAACCAGACUGCCAGACCCAAGGCAAAGCCGGACUCCUUAAAAGGCUCCGAGAGCGCAGUGGAGGAGCUGAAGGGAAUCCUGGGGACACUUAACAAAUCCACUAGUUCGAGAAGCUUAAAAACCCUUGGCCCUGAGAACAGUGAAACUGAGUUAGAGAGGAUUUUACGUCGCAGAAAGGUGACGGCAGAAGCAGAUAGCGGUAGUCCUACCGGGAUAUUAGCCACCUCAGAGUCCAAAUCCAUGCCAGUGUUGGGUUCUGUAUCCAGUGUAACAAAAACAGCCUUGAACAAGAAAACUCUGGAGGCAGAAUUCAACAGCCCGUGUCCCCUAACACCUGAGCCAGGUGAAGGGCCCCGUAAAUUGGAAGGAUGCACGAAUUCCAAGGUUACGUUUCAGCCUCCCAGUAAAGGUGGAUGCAGGAGACAAUGUGUGGGCAGUGAGGAGCAAGCCGAGCCAGUUGUAAUUCUAGAUCCUGUUUCCACACAUGAACCCCAAACCAAAGACCAGGCUGCUGAAAAAGACCCAACUCAGUGCAAGGAGGGAGGAGGUGAAAUGCAACCGGAACACAAAGAAGACGGCAGUAGGAAAACGGGAGAGAUGGGCAGUUCCAACUGCUGAUCUGAAGCCGGAGGCUGGCAUGUUUUUGCGAGUCUUUCUUUGUUAUUAAUUAAGCACACGGUUCAUUUGGGUGUACUGUCUAGGACUGUCGGACAAUCCUUUGCUCUGGCCACACACUUCUUUGUUGGUAUCACUUUGUAAGUAGCGAUUAUAAGCAUAAGUAAGCUGUUUAGCAACAUGCAUCUUCUGGGUAGUUUUUGAUCUUUACAGGGGUAAGGGUUCUUUCUGGUUUCUAUAUGAAGUAUGACUUCCUCGGGAAGGUGGCAGGAAACUCAGAUGUUGUCAUUGUAGGGAGUGUGCAGACUACUCUUCAAAUUUAGUCAUGCUGAAAUUCAAGUGGUUGCCAGUAAUUGGGUAAAUGGAGGCCACCAAACUUAAAAAUACUUAAAAAUGAUCUUAAGAGGCACCCUUUAAUCUAACUUUUUUCUAUGUGCAGCCCUAGCACCAGGGAGACUUAGGCAGGAGGAUCGUUGGAGCCUGGACUUCAGUUUGGGUCACAUUGCAAGACUCUAUCUAAAGAAAAGUCCCCAAAGGAGCUUCUGUUUGGGUCUGGCCAUUUGAUGGGGAAACCGAAACAGGCAGCACCUCUAUUUUGUGGGUGCACUGAGACCGCCCACAGUGUAGGGUUUCAGAGGUGGCAUCCAGCUUCAAGGUCUCUGAGUUGUUACUUUGUGAAAUGCAUGCAGGUGCCUAAGGCUUGCCAAGGACUUCAGGAGUAAUGAUGGGUUGCUGAGAAUUGAAACAGAGUUUAAAAGGAACACCUCAGUAAACCAUACUUUCUGUUCCACGAGUUAACUGUGUUUCCCAUACACUCAUGUGGUGCAGGUACCAUAUUUUACUCCAGUUCAUAUGCACAGCAAAGAUAAGCAACAAGCACACAUUUUUUUUUUCUUGCUUCACUGCAGUUCUGUAUUACAUGAGUCCUUUUUUUGUUUUGUUUUGUUUCAUUUUUUUUUAGAGGAAAUUAAGUGGCAGUUUCUAAAAAGUACAAUGUUUCAGACUACCAUAGUGAAUAAAUAGAAAUGUAAUCAGGGAUUUAAAAAAAAAAAAAACACACACAACUUAUGCAGGUUUUCAAAGUUGAUUGUUUCAAAAUUGGUGUUUAUUUAAAAUAAGUGGUAAUGUACUUGAAUGCACUUUUUAUGAUAAUGAUUCAGUAAUGGUAAUUUUACUAUUAAAGAAAGUGAAAGGCUUAGUUUUGUUAGCAUGACUCAGCAUGUAGCUGUCAGGUGCUCUGCACCUAAGGGCAAAAGAAAAUGAUAGUAACAAUUGCAGUAGUUGUGUCCUAUUGUAUUUUUGCACGUGUGCUGCUAGUGUAGGCUUGAGGAGGUGGGGGGGGGCAGAUGGAGCACUUCCUCAAUUUGAAGACAAUUCUCUUCCAGUAGGUUCACUAGGCUUGACUGUUUCUAUGUUCCUUCAGCACCGAUUUUAUCACUCGCUAUCAGUUCACUCAUGGGGAAUUAAAACGUGAUUUGUUUUUUUUUUUUUUUUAACUGUGUGUUUCCAUAACUGAAUGAUAUGCUAACUACGAAUGGAUUAAUUUGUUUAGAUGGGUUCUGUUAUGCUGUGAUUUGAGCUCUACUCAACACAACACAUUAAAGGAGACACAACAACAGUUUCUCACUAA